AUGUUGCGCGCCGUUGUUGGUGGGUUUACAAACGUAAGGUCUGCUGCGGUUAACUGUCGGGCCUUAUUUUCUUCGGCCUGCGAGGAGGUCGGCAAAGGGCUUAAUCGUACAUUGGAACCACAUCCGGAUGCCGAAAAAGAACCACUCGAAAGAUUUCCCAACGAUAUAAACCCAAAGACUGGCGAAAGGGAUGGACCUAGAGGUCCUGAACCAACCCGUUACGGAGACUGGGAACGCAAAGGGAGAUCGCAUCAAGGAUCAUUUUUGACGAACAACUAUUGCUCAUCGUGUUUUUUCUGGUCAGAUGACUCCAGCCGAUGCCGAUUUUCUUCUGAACGCCCGCAAUUUUUGCCAUCCGAUUGGGCGAAUUACAAUUGGGAGGAAUCGUGUGGCGUUGGAAAACGAUGUGCUCUUGCAACGCUUCCUGUACGUAUCGUCAAGUGGACCGAACCCUGGCCGGAGGGUCACAGGCAUCCUCUUCUUCCAGCCAGAAAAUUUUUGCAGGGCCAUAAGUGUAUCGGACCGAGGCAUACAUUUGACCAUUGGACGUCUUCUCUGUUGGUCUCCCGUAGACAACUGUAUUCCUGCCGGCCGCUGAACUAUUUAGCCAUGUUACAGGAUAUCCGGGCCUCCUAUUUGCAUUGGGCGCUUGUACCACAGCGUGGCAAGAUUAAUUUGGAUGCUCCGUUCGCUUCAUCCAGUUUGAGCCCUGAUAAGCUCUUGGCUAAUCGUCUCUGUGGCCAGUGUCACUCAUAUUUUGACACCCAAAAGUGGCGACCCUAUGACCAAGUUGAAGACUCGUCUUUCGACAUGCCCGUUAUCGCACAUAUGGAAGAAGUGGUUUUCGAUAUACCCGAUUGCGCAGGUUUGACGGAUCGUAUUCUCUUCACAUCUCCACUUGAGCCCAACUGGAUUCUUGUCUACGACAUUGAUCGCUCCACAGCGAGAGUGAAGCACUCUCUCACCGCGCUAAUUGAUGCUUCGACAGGUAGGCAGAUGGACCCUGACGAGGCGAGAUGCACAAACCGUCUACAGGCGGUGCAAUCGCGAUGUCCGGCGUGGUUGCGCUUCUCUGCUCACGUUUCACCCCACUUCCUUACCCUGCCUACCUGCGCAACCGCCUCACCAUUACCACGAGUCUCCUUCUCUUACGCGCCACACAGCCAGACGGCCACGGCAGGUGUCGGGUCAACUUUGGUAGCCUCGCUGUCUUACAGUCGGUAUCCAGUGUGCCAGUGGGCAGAAUUGGCCGAGGCGGUUCGAGGCAUCAUAAACACUCGUGUGCUUCAGGCCCCGCUCCCACUCCACGUCCUUCUGACCUCGGGCGACGAACGGCCUUGGCGGCGUCUCCAGUUAACCGACUCAAACUGCACCAACAAAAUGGAGCAGAGCUCGGUGGAGCUAAUUGCUGCUCACCUGCGGUUACACGCGGAACUGCGUUGCUGCGACAAGUGCUCCACCAUUCUUCCCAACAGUCCGCUUGCCGUCGACGCCCCCGAUGCCCAGCAGCACCGGUGCUCCAGUUUGGUCGUCUCACGCAGUCUAGAUUGUUCUCGUGCGCCUCAAAUCCCCGCAGUGUUUCCCCCCAACGAUUCCACUGUUCGUCUGUGCAAUCUUACGACGGAUACACCGAGCUCGUCGUGGAAACGAUUCUGUGAAGCAAGUACAACAUUCAGCACAAAAGGCAACAUGACGACUCACUUUCAGCGCGUUCACAACCAGAGCAACUCUGUCACCUGCCCUAUCUGCUCAAAACGCAUCAGCAAUCACUUCAACCUAGACCGACACAUCCGCUUGGUGCACCAGACGAUGGGGCGCUGGCCGCAGAAGGAGGCUACUCCGACGGCGGGUAGUGGUUGCAUCGUGGUGACGGGCAGCGAGGACGGCGAUGGGACGGCGCCAGAGAGAAAACAGGUCGGCGGCAUUAUUUCCGAACAUGGUUACCUUCUCUGCAUGGCAUCACCAUCGCCGCCACCGCAGCACCAACAGCACCUUGACGAAGGCGGGGCCCGCAGCUCCACUUCCCUCAUCGUCGCCGACGUCAAUGUCGAACCCCCUCCACGCCGACCCAAGAAGCCCUCCAACACUGACACCAAUGCCAAUGUGACCCACAAGCAUUGGAUUCAUGAGAAGUAG